GCUAACAGUUCACAUGAUGAGAUGAGGCGCAAUCAGACUGUACGCCUGUGACCGACGCUCGACUCUGUUUACUGGUCCUUUAGCCCCAGCUGGACGCAGUUUAGGGACAAUAAAAAGCCUCGACUACCCUCCUUCACACAGCAGACACACGUAAACGGGAGCACUGUGGAGUCAAGUGUGGCCGUGUAGACCCACCUGCGCUAACAGCAGCAGCCGCCGCGGCUCAGCACCACUUCUCUCCCCGGGCUUGUUCGUGCUUUCCGCAAGGGUGAAAAAGUGCUUCUUGCUCUGCUUGAAAAUGAAAGUGUCUCACGCUACGGCCGGACUCGUCGUCUGGUUUGUGGUCCUAGGUUGUAUCGAUGCAGUUACUCUUGAGGUGAAGGAAAGCAACACCACCUGCAUUAAAGCCGAUCUGUCUGCGUCAUUCUCCAUUAUAUACAACACUACCCAUGCCAACAGAACAGUGCAGGUCUUUCUGCCCAACUCUACCACAGUGGAUACAGCAAACAGCACAUGUGGCAAAGAUGGCAGCUCUCCCAGGCUGGUGGCAGUAUUUGGAUCUGGCUACACUCUUGGGCUGAACUUCUCAACCAAUGGAACCCUGUAUCAGGUUUCUAGCCUGACUCUGCAGUACAAUCUAAGCGACACUUCAGUCUUCCCCAAUGCGACCACCUCCGGUGUGGUCACUCUGGUGUCUGCCUCUGUUGGGAUUGAAGCAAAAGUCAACACCACCUACAAAUGUGUGAGCCCUACAGUUAUUGCAGUUGCCACUGCAAAUGUUAAUUUCACUGACAUGAGGCUGGAGGCAUACAUGCCAGGGAAUGAGCUGAGUCGAAACGAGACCGUAUGUUUUGCAGAUCAAACCAGCACAACACCUUCACCUACCACUGUCAGUACAACAGCAGUUCCAACUCCAACCCCUCCAGGAACACCUCAGCAGGGCAAUUACACUGUGAAGGACACCAAUGACACCAUAUGUCUCCUGGCUAAAAUGGGGCUGCAGCUCAAUGUUUCCUACACAUCUCAGAAUAAGACUGUCCAGGAUGUAUUAAACCUCAAUCCUAAUGUGACAAACUCAACGGGAUUAUGUGGAGCCAGCAGUGCUACACUGGUUUUGACACAGACGCAAUCUACUAUUCUCACCUUCAACUUCAGUCUGAACUCCACAACCAACAAGUACCAUCUGAGUGGGGUAACACUGCUUGCAAAUUGGUCUGACAGUGCUAACUUUUCCGUGAGUAACAACAGUCUGAACUACCUGCGCAGUACGCUGGGCUACUCCUACAUGUGCAGUGCAGAGCAGACUCUGUUUGUGACACCGAGCUUUUCUCUCAACACAUUCGAUCUCCAAGUCCAGCCCUUUGGUGUCAAGAGUGGCCGGUUUGCUACAGCUGAGGAGUGUCAGAUGGACCAAAACCAGAUGAUUAUCCCCAUUAUUGUUGGAGCAGCUCUGGCUGGUCUGGUGCUGAUCACCCUUGUUGCCUAUCUAAUAGGCAAGAGGAGGAGCCAUGCUGGUUACCAGGCCAUCUGAGCGACCCUUCAUUAGACUUGAACCAUACAGGCUGAUUGGUGAAGGGAUGAACCAAAGGGUGUUACUUUGGCCACAUGGAUGACUCUGUGGGCAUGAACCUGAGUGAAUGGAAGCGUGUGUGUGUGUGUGUGCAUAUCUGCGGAAUAUUUUUCACUUUUCUGUGGAUUAUGAUUAAACUGCUAACUUUAGAUGCAUCUUGACGAAACCUGAGGUGACUCAAAGUUUGAGAGAGUUUGAAUUUGCUGUAGCAUGUCAACCAUUAAUGGUCUGCUCUUGUUUUGUGUUCUAGGAGCUUGAUUGUAUUUGCUUGAACUGCUGUUUGUCUUUUUAGCUGUGUAAUUAUUUAUAAAGAAUCUUCCAGUUGAAGAGGCAGAGGGAAUCACAUCAACUACCUAAACAUGCUCACAGGUGUAUUUUCUCCUUCCUGAGCAUAAGAUAAUCCUGGCAACUCUUAGAAGGCUCUGUGUGCUUGUGUUUUUGGUUUUUUUGUUUUUUUUUUCUCUUUUCUCCCCCGCUACCUAUAGUAAUAUUCCUCCUCAGAUGAAACUAAGCCUAUCCCAUCAGUGCACUGCACAGUUAAUGCAGCUAAUCAAAUGCAGUCUGAUAGUUGUGGCAAUAAAGUGUGGAUUCCUACUUUAAUGUAAAUGAUGUGCCCCCUGAAGCCGUACAUAGACUUGGUCAACAAAAUCAGAAUGUAUUCAAUAGACUUGUUAACAGCUGCAUGGCUGAUUUCCAUUCUUGCUUUUCACCCCCUCCCCAAAAGAAAUGUAAAAAUUUAAUUUCUUCUUUUUAAUGGCGUACUGGGUUUGAUCUUUUGUAUUGGAUAAUAAAUUCUAUUCCUACUGUGGAGUGA